ACAGGAAUGUGUCUGUACAAAACUCAAGAGUACCGUCAGCUGACCGGCUUCAAGUUCAUAUAUGUUCUGAACUGUUCACACACAGACAGCCUUCAGAAAAGAGAAGAGAAACACAAAUUGUCAAAAAUGUCUUUGACUGAUCAGACUGCACAGCCCAGUCCCCAGCUGCUUUUGGUGGGUGAGAAGGACAGCAAGCGUCUGCUAGAGGUCUUUGUGAAGAGAAGCCUAAGCCUUAACGAUGGAGCACAGCAUCCACAUCACCGAAAGCACCAAAAACACAAGUGGAUUACUCUUGAUGAGAGGAAUAAGAGGGAUCGGAAACAUUCCAGUGACACUUCGAUUCACCUUAACACCUUAAAUUCAGAGGAGGAUCUUGAUAAAUAUGAGGCGUUCUCUGAGCCGGAAACAGAGAGGAAGCUCAAGCCAACAGUGGAACAACCACAGAACAAAUCUAAGCAGAAGAAUAAAAAAGUCACUCUCGGAAGAAAUGACGGAUCCACUGCAUCUCAAAAAUCUGAUGGAAAGCCCAAAAAGUGGCUCCUACACUUUGAUAAAGAAAAGCGAGAUGGUAAACAACCAAACAAAGCUCUGAAACAAGAGUCAAAUGACUUUAGAGAUGAGGUAUUACCACAUCCCCCUGUCACUGACGAGCUGGAGAGCUCUACAGAGGCAAAGAGGCCCAAGGAGAGCAAGAAGAGUAAGAAAUCUUCAAUGUGGAAGAGUGUCCUGGGGUGGUUCUCUAGAGGGAACAGUGAAAAGCAGGAGGAUAAAGAAAAGGAAGUUGCAAGAGCUGAAGAAGUUAUCCCACCUGAGGAGCCCUCAAGUCCCCCAAUCUCCUGCCUGCCUUUUCCUGAUGUUCUCCCUAGUGGUGAUGCCAUCAUCCAGCGGCGCAGAGCUUCCAAACGGCGGAAGCUGUCACUAAAGAGACGCAGCAGGGACAUGGGACUAGAUAAGGCCACUGGGCGGCCAUGUACUUUAGAUCUGUCUACUGCUGACCAUGAAACUUCAGUGAAAUCAAUUGCCGAAGUCGAGCCCACUAACUCAUAUUAUGAGAAAAUGUCGGAGGAACUGGAGAAGAUUGUUCAUGAGAUUAAAAACAGCCCAAUAGAGGAGAACAGAACUUUCCUUGAUCAGUCUCUUAAUGGAUCAUCCAUGUCUAAGGAAGAAGUUAUCAAGAGGAUUGUUGCCCUUAUUAAGCAGGAGGGAGACAUCAUAGAUGUUAAGCUGAAGGAGAAUCCCACCAUCACCUCAUACUUCAACAUGCUGUCCUAUGGCUCAUUCCAGCAAUUGGCAGACCAGUAUGUACAGUCAGAGCUGCCCAGGCAGGAAGCGCAGCCUUUAGUAGCAGCUCCAGAGCUAGUGAAGUUUGCCUUCACUCUGGACUUUACGGCCAGAGUGGCCAGUCUCUCUCGCCAUGCUCCCGGACACAUAGUCGGCUUCGGGAACCAGUACUUGAAGGACAGGUUUACUCACAAGAGUGAGAGUCAUCCUCACAACAGUGACAUCACAACAACAGAAAAACAGAAGCAAGAGGAAAUACACUCUGAAAAAGAAGGAGUCAGAAGCCAUAAUACUGAGGAAAACUGAGGGACGGGUGGAAAUAUAUAACCUCAUCGUGGAGUUGAAGGAGCUUCAUGGGUCUCUGACUGCUUGGAAACUUUGAUCUAUGUUGAAGGUUGUGAGAGAAAUGUGUAAAAUGUAUCAUAUAUCAUAUAUGCUAAAUUGCUAGCAUGUUAUAAUUCUACUGUUUAAUGAGAGUUCCCAUACUACAACUAGGGUCAUUGUGUAAGCUAUCAUCAAUCUUAGUGGACUUGGUACUGUGUGCAAAAGUGUCAACCACUUUCCUAAGCAGAGGCCAAUGGAAUCUGUUUUAUAAUCUAUUUAAACAUGUAUGUAAUAUAUUUGCACUUGGUUAGAAAAUUAACACAACAAAAACACUGUGACAAAGGCAGUAAACGCUUUCUCUAAAGCUCUUACAGCCAAAGUAAACAAACCAUAAAAUUCUUCAUAUUUUUUAUUUUUUAUUUUUCAUUAAAUGUAUCAGUGUCUUCUUGUAAGCUAUUUAACAAACAUUAAAUAUGCUACAGGUGUGUAUGCAGGCGUACACAAUGUAAUAACAAUGAAAUAUUAUUAAUAAAUAUAUUUUGUACAUAUUUA